GUUUGUUUGAGAAUUUUCUGGAAAGCAUUGAAUGAUUGACUGAAAGCCGACUCAAACCACAGACACAGACGUCUCACUCGAGUCCACACAUCCAUACCUUCACCACAAAGACAAUGACUGACAUCGAGGUGGACAACAACGCGGCGCACGGCGUGACCGGCGAUGAGGACAUCGACGACCACUCCAUGGAUGGAGAGCUCAUGAAAGAGACGGACAUUUCGCCACAAAAAGACGGGAAACUCGUGAAACAGAUCAUCAAAGAGGGCAAAGGUUGGGAUAACCCGAAGAAUGGCGACAAAGUGAUGGUUCACUACACGGGACAGCUAUUGGACGGAACGGUAUUCGACUCUUCGCGCGACCGAAGGGAACAGUUCUCCUUCACAGUGGGCGCCAAACAAGUGAUAGAGGGCUGGGAUGUGGCCGUCAAGACCAUGAAGAGGGCAGAGGUCGCGAAGUUCACGAUUGCGCCACAACUGGCUUACGGCGAGACCGGCGCCGGACCUAAGAUACCGCCCAACGCGACGCUCGUCUUCGAGAUCGAGCUCUUCGAUUGGAAACUCGAAGACAUCACCAAAAAGAAGGAUUCGGGUGUUUGUAAGCGUAUUCUCGUCGAUGGCGAGGGCUAUGAGACACCAAACGUCGGGGCUACUUGUGAUAUCCUAUUGGUGGGCAAAUACGAGGGCAAAGUGUUUGAACAGAGGAAUGUGACGUUUUUCGUGGGCGAGGCCUCGGAGGAGGGUUUGGUGGACGGCGUAGAGGUGGCCGUCCGUAAGAUGAAGAAGGGAGAGAAGUGUGAAGUAGUGGUGAAACCGCAGUACGCCUUCGGAGCCAACGGGCGCCCGGAGCUCAACAUUCCGGCCAACUAUGAGGAAGUGGUCUUCGAAAUCACGUUAAAUGCGUUCGAGAAGGCGAAGGAGACCUAUCAGAUGGACAACGCGGAGCGCGUGGAACAGGCGGUGCUCGUCAAGACCAAGGGAACCAAAUACUUCAAAGAAUCGAAAUACAAGUUAGCGAUCAAACAAUACAAGCGAAUUAUCCAACUGUUAGGCCCUCCCGACGACUUCGAGGGCGAGCUUAAGGCUCAGAGCAACGAACUCCUCUUAGCCGGGUAUCUGAACCUCGCGAUGGCGUACCUGAAGGUCGAUAACUACGGCGACGCCAUCAAGAACUGCGAGAAGGCGUUGGACAUCGACGCCAACAACGAGAAGGGGCUCUUCCGCAGAGGACAGGCGUAUUUCGGGCAAAAGGACUACGACUUGGCCCGCAAUGACUUCAACGCCGUUCUCCAAUUGGAUCCCAACAACAAAGCGGCCAAAAAUCAAUUGGUUUUGUCGUUGAAUGCAAUUAAAGCCCAAUUGGAGAAAGAGAAGACCACUUAUCGUAAUAUGUUUGAGAGGUUCGCCAAACAGGACCUCAAAAAAGAGUCAAAGACGAAGGAAAGCAACGGAUCCGUUGAGAGCAAGAAAAAUGCCAAAAACGAAAUUGACGACAGUCUCAGUGAAGUGGACAUCAUUAGCACCGAUGCGUCCAAUUAGUCACCAAUUGAUUAGUAUUUGUGUCUAUUUUAUACUUUUUUAACGAUAAUUUAUUCCCGAAUUUAUAUAAAUUUUUUGUUAAUUUUAAAUUUGUUUCUGUUUUACUACAAAAUUAAAUUUUGUAUUCAAAACCAGUAAAUACUUUCCAAAAUGCAGUGU